AACAUGAAGACAAACCUGAUUUGGUUAAUGAAGAUAGUAUUUAUUCCAAGACCAAUGAUGGUAAUAUGGACUUUUUUAAGGAAGAUUGGCAGCUAAGCCAAUUUUGGUAUUCCAAAGAAACAACUGAUGUAAUAAUUCAAGAAGUUCUAAUGCACACAAAUGAAAUGGAUCGAAUUGCAUGUAUUAGCACUCCAACAGUAUUUGUCAAACUAAAAUCGAUUACUCCACCUUUAAAACAAUCAAUCUAUCUAUUCGAAUUUGACACUCGAUUCGAUAUAUAUGGUUCUGACUUCAUUCAAUACGACUAUAAAACCCCUACCAAAUUUCGCGAUUGUUCAAAGCUUCGAAAUACUUUUGAUUUUAUUGUAGUAGAUCCACCAUUCCUGAGUGAAGAUUGUUUUACUAAAACCAUGAUCACUGUUAGAUGGCUUGGGAAAAAAGAAACUUGUGCUGUUAUGCAAGACCUGGCUGAUCGAUUAAUCAAGGCUCGAAUGACCUCUUUCUAUCCUCAACACCAAG